AUGUACGGCGCGCCGGUGCCCAAGGACCUCAACCUGCCAGCAGCCGCCCUGCCGCAGCCGACCAGGGCCGGUGCGAGGACGCCACCGCAGCAGCAGAUGAGCUCCCCGGGACUGCUGCGGUACAGGUCGGCGCCGAGCACGCUGCUCGGCGAGGUGAUGUGCGGGGAUCAGGACUUCCCCGCGCCGGCUGGCGGCGCAGGGGCAGGGCACGGACCACCACCGGACCACGCCGUCACGGACAACGUCCUCGCGCGCUUUCUCGCCGGGCACCACCACUCCGAGACCCGGGACUGCAAGCCUCCCCGCCCCGCCGCGGCCGCACACUUCAUGGACGAAGCCGCCGCCGCCGCGUCCAUGGCCGCCUCGCAGCAGCAGCAGCAGCUCAUGUAUCAGUCGCAGCAGCAGAUGGCCGCCAUGGAGGGGCUGUACCGCAACGUCAGCUCCGGCGGCACGGAGCACGGUGCGGCCGUUGGCGGCGCUGGUAACAACAGCCUGAUCCGGCAGAGCAGCUCCCCCGCCGGGUUCCUCAACCACCUGAACAUGGACAACGGGUACGGCAGCAUACUCCGGGCGGGCAUGGCCGGCGGCGGGUUCAGGACCAACGGCGGCGUCAGCGACGCUCGGCUCAAGGGGCAGCUGAGCUUCUCGUCCCGGCAGGGGUCGAUGAUGUCGCAGAUCUCGGAGGUGGGCAGCGAGGAGCUCCACGGCGGCAGCAGCCCCGAGGCGGCCGGCAGCAACGCCAGCGGCGCGGCGCGUGGGUACAGCGGCAUCCCGGGGUACCCGAUGAGCGGCUCGUCCGGCGCCUGGACGGACGAGCCGUCGCCGUCGCCGACGUCCGUCGCGAAGCGCCCCCGCGACUCGGGCCCCACGCCGCAGAACGUGCAGCAGCAGCAGCUGGCGCCGCAGCUCAGCCUGCCCAACGGCGGCAACAACGGCGGCGGCAAGCCGGCGGCGGCCUCGGCGGAGAUGGCGGCGAUCGAGAAGUUCCUGCAGUUCCAGGAUGCCGUCCCCUGCAAGAUCCGCGCCAAGCGCGGGUGCGCCACCCACCCGCGCAGCAUCGCCGAGCGGGUGAGGAGGACGAAGAUCAGCGAGCGGAUACGAAAGUUGCAGGAGCUCGUGCCCAACAUGGAAAAGCAAACCAACACUGCCGACAUGCUGGAUCUGGCCGUGGACUACAUCAAGGAUCUUCAGAAGCAGGUCAAGGUGCUGAACGACGGCCGCGCCAACUGCACCUGCUCCGCCGGCAAGCUGCUGCAGGACCAGUUCACCAGUUAA